CGGCACCGCGCGCCAUUUUCCUGAAGGCGAUUCGCAUUGAAAGCAACGGGCGAUGUCUUCGACAAAAUGGCCUCCAUACUAGAGACACAAAUCCACCGUUCUAGUGAAAGUAUUCUUGACAGGUAACACAGACAGCUGGAUGAGCUGUGUGUACCGCCCGGAAAGAAUCACUAUUGCACUAUGGCUGGGGUGUCUGCCCGGAGCCGGGGCUGGUCCUCUCUCUGUAGGCUUUACCUGCGGGUUCAUGCGGUAUCGCCUAGCUGCGGACGGGCCUGUCAUGGAUGGCAGUGUUCUGUGAAAAGUAGAGGGCUCUUUUGUGUAAUGCCAUCUAGUCGUCUGCCAGUGCAAGCACAAAUCCGGCUAUAUUCUUCAAAUGAGCCCAAGGAAGGAGGUGGGCCAACCGAGGCCAGUGCCACAAGCUCAACAGAGAAAUCUACAGCAGGACUGGAUCUUGCCAAAUCUGAACAUAAAAGCACUUUACCCCCAGACCCUAUUCAAGUAAAAGUUAAAGCAGUGCUAAAAAAGCGUGACUAUGGAAGCAAAUACAUGAAGAAUAACUUUAUCACCGGAAUACGAGCAAUGAAUGAGUUCUGCCUUAAACCCAGUGACCUGGAGACACUACGGAAGAUUAGACGGAGAAGUCCACAUGAUGAUUCUGAAUCAUUUACUGUGUUCCUGAGAUCAGAUGUAGAAACAAAAGCUAUGGAAGUUUGGGGCAGCCCUGAAGCCAUUUUCAGGGAAAGGAAGUUAAGAAAAGAAGAGGAAAUAGCUUACAAAGAAAAUUUAUUUAGAAAUCAGAAAUUAUUAAAAGAAUACAAGGAAUUCCUAGGAAAUACUAAGCCUAGGUUAAGUACGGCAUCCUUGUUCUUAAAGGGCCCUGGCAAAGUGGUGAUGGUAGCUAUUUGUAUAAAUGGAUUAAACUUUUUCUUUAAGCUGUUGGCCUGGGUGUACACUGGAUCUGCUAGUAUGUUUUCUGAAGCCAUUCACUCCUUAGCUGACACGUGUAACCAGGCACUUUUGGCAUUAGGCAUUUCACAGUCUGCCCGGAUACCGGAUCCUGGACACCCCUAUGGCUUUACCAAUAUGCGCUAUAUUGCUUCAUUGAUCAGCGGUGUUGGCAUUUUUAUGAUGGGUGCCGGGCUGUCUUGGUACCAUGGCAUCAUGGGUUUGCUUCAUCCACAACCUAUAGAGUCUCUGCUCUGGGCAUAUUGUAUUCUGGCUGGAUCAUUAGUUUCUGAAGGAGCAACACUCCUGGUUGCUGUGAAUGAGAUUAGGAAAAGCUCCAGACUGAAGGGAUUGUCCUUCUAUCAAUAUGUGAUCCAGUCCAGGGAUCCGAGUACUAAUGUGGUCCUGAUGGAGGACGCUGCAGCAGUUUUGGGAGUAAUAAUGGCGGCUUCCUGUAUGGGUCUGACGUCACUCACAGGGAAUCCUUACUAUGACUGCCUGGGUUCACUGGGUGUGGGGACUUUGUUAGGAGCAGUAUCGGCAUUCCUUAUAUACACCAACACCGAGGCCCUUAUUGGUCGAUCGAUACAACCGGAGCAACUCCAGCAUCUUACUGAACUCCUUGAAAGUGACCCUGCUGUAAGGGCCAUUCAUGAUGUAAAAGCGACAGACAUGGGAUUGAAUAAAGUCCGCUUUAAGGCAGAGGUUGAUUUUGAUGGGCGUGUAGUGACCAGAUCCUACUUAGAAAAGCAGGAUAUUGACCAGAUGUUACAUGAUAUUCGGCAGGUGAAGACUCCAGAAGACUUGGAAGCUUUUAUGCUUAAACAUGGAGAAAACAUCAUUGACACCCUAGGAGCUGAAGUAGACAGACUUGAAAAGGAACUGAAGCAACGCAAUCCUGAUGUUCGGCAUGUUGACUUGGAAAUUUUAUAGAAGCAGAAGAAUUUGCUAUUCAUGCAAUUCAUCGAGGAAGAGGAAAGAAGACUGUACGAGAAGCUUCAUUUCAUUUUCCAGGGUGCAUGCUCCAUGACUAAAUUGUAAAUGAGUGCAGAUCGCACGGCAAUGCAAAUGCUUCGCAUAAUAAGUCAUGUUUACAAGAGCAUCUUAGAGUCCGUGGUUGUAACAUUAUUACACUUUUUUUUGGUGCAGGACAAAGGAACGCAAAUGUUAUUUAUUUGUAAAACUCACUAAACCACCCUGUUUUAUUCCAUUCCAUUGGCAAGAAUAAUAGCUUCUUUUUUUUUAGAGUUUGUUUUUAAGUUGGUUCCUUUUUUGACAGGCAAGGUUUAUGCUUUAGCUUUGAUCUUUUUUGUUUUUAUGGGAAAUGCACUCCUGUAACCAAUGAGGCCAUUCCGUCAUCAUAUUUUUAUGCAUAUUGUAUAGAUCUAGAGUUCCGUUAGAACAUAUAGUUUUUGAGGAAGUGGUUAUAGUGUUGUUUUUUUUGUUUUUGUAACUUUCAAAACCUUUUUUGAUAAAGCUGCUAUAUAAAAUGGAACCACAGAGCUCCACACUACAAGAUGACAGGCGUAGCUUAGGUUUACCAGUUGGGGAUCAUACAUGUCAUUUUUAUGGUUGAGAUUUACGAACACCUUGGUGUUCUACUUUAGUUAGGAAGCAUUUUGGUUUUCAAUUCCUCUGCCUGCUGUUAUUCAGUGGAAACCUCUUCUGUUUACAUCUAGUGGAUAGAAGAUCUUAUCCUGGAGAUAUGACACACAGGAGCACAAGAUCAUCAUUAUGUAACUAUGUGACUACCACAAAUGCAACAUAUGGAAAUUGUGUAGGAACCCAUUGAAUGACUGCAAGCAGAAUACUUGAAAUCCAUGAGGAGUUAGUUGAUACAGAAACUCAUUCAAAAGUUGUAAACCCUAUUCUACAAAGAAUAAUUUUUACCGAAUCCUCUGCUGACUUCCUAAUUGGACACCAGAUGUGACAAUCAUAGUUUAGACCAGUGGUAUCCAACCUGCGGACCUCCAGAUGUUGCAAAACUACAACUCCCGUUGGCUGUCCGGGCAUGCUGGAAGUGGUAGUUUUGCUACAUCUGGAGGUCCGCAGGUUGGAUACCACUGGUUUAGAGGAUGGGCUAGGGAAGCUCCCAAUAUACAGAGCUCUGGACACUUAACUAGAAUAACCUGACUCAUGGGCAUUUGCCACAGCAGCAGCUGGGAACAUCAGUGUUUUGGCUGUCAUGCAGGUUGCAUGACUGCAACACAAGGUAACCUUACACUCCGAUCCUCGUUCUUAGUGAUAAUCUCUAAAGGGGUUAUCCAGGGAAAAACUUUAUUUAUAUA